GUCCUUUCUGUAGCUGUCGUGGCCUUUUCAGUGAAACGUCAUCAACAGGCUGUCUCUUGUUAGUGGUCAGGAUCGGCUGGAGUUCAGCUACAGACGCUGUCAACUAGAUUCACUCUUUUCUCCGCAGACUCCUGAAAUAUAUACUAUUGAACAAAAUGCCUGGACCCGCAUCUAGUGCAACAAAUGUUGGGGCUUCCAGUCGGUCCCCGAGUAAGACCGUGGCCCCCCGCACCGCUGGCACCUCAGUCCGACAGAGGAAGGCACCUAGCAGUGGUGCACGCAGCGGAGGCCGAUCCACAGCAUCGGCAGGCACAGGAGGGAUGUGGCGCUUCUACACUGAGGACUCACCAGGACUUAAAGUUGGUCCGGUUCCAGUUUUGGUGAUGAGUCUGCUCUUUAUCGCAUCUGUAUUUAUGCUACACAUCUGGGGCAAAUACACCCGCUCCUAAACCUGCAUGACCUCUGGACUCCCACCCUGAAGCCUGUCACCGAAUCUUAAGCCAUUGGAUAUGGACCAAACUCUGACCAUCAACACCCAAUCCCUUUUUUCUUUAUUAAAACUACCAUUUCAAGGUUAUAAAUAACUUUUUUUUUUACCCCCAUACAGCCACUACAACCAUAUGGUAAUUAAAAAAAAAAAAAAUCAGUUUUUGCUUGCAGUUUUUUUUUCCAGCUCACCAGAUCAGGACAUCCUUUUUUUUAUAUAUGUAAAUUGUACAAUAAAAUGCAAUACGUCACAA